CAAUGCUGAAGACACCGUCAGAUUUGGGCCUCCCUGCAGGGCAGACAGUGCCAAUUGAUUAUAUGCGAUAUGAUGUUCCAGUAGGGACAUCACUGCAUCAUGGAUUUACUGCUAAUGAGCCAUCCACUAUCUUGGCGGAUAGGCAUCAAAUAUAUAACCAGUGGAUCGCAUCUGGGAAACCUCAUAAUAUCAUUUGUUCCCAAUGCCGCAAGCCCAAUAAUCUGAAAUUUUGCGAGUCCUGCUGUAGAUCCUACCACGCGUCAUGCCUGCCCCCGCCUGACGUGCCUCCUCAGUCGAUGCGGUUUUACUGCCCAGCAUGCAGCAGCGGACAAUGGAGUCGUUCGUCGUCGGCUGUUGGCACCCCAACCACAGUAUCUCCUGAAGCUUCCCGGUCCGGCACACCGGUUGUACAUAGUACACCGAGGGACAUCAUGAGUCCUGCGCAACCAAUGGGCAGAUCCACGCAGUCAACACAGGCAACGCCGCAUAGGAUGCACGCCCCGUCAUCUACUGACGGCCGUGCCGAGCCAGUACCAAACGUCUUUGACCCUCGCAUAUUAACCCGAGCCCAGGAAUUUCUCCGUACUCAUGGAGGCUUUCCAGAGUCUCAGGAGUUCUCCGCGGACUUUCUCUUGAAACUUGGCUCUAUGAUGGCAGAGCUUGACCUUAAUCGGGAACGAGUCCAAGAGUUGGCAUCCGAAAAUACACACUUGCGACAAGAUAACGCGAACAUCAGAGCGUACUUGGACUCCAACUCGACGACAGGAAUGCGGAUUGCUCCUCCUGGUGGUGAUUUAUCUUCCAUUCAGCGACCCUCUACUGAUACGACUGGGAAAUCAUGGGAUAGAAUCGUGAUGGAUUUGAUUUGAGCGCUCAGAAGAUAGAAGAGACAGGCACCUUAUGUCACGGCCACACCAUUAAGUACGAACAGAAGUCUGGCGACGACUUUUAAUUUCGGAGACUUCAUUCUCACCAUGUCGCAGCGGAGAGGAGAGGCUUCGCGCUAUCGAUGCUGGAAUACGCGCGCCGUGUCUCCUUUGGUUGCACACCCUGCCCAUAAUCGAGGCACCAGCCAAUUAGCGCCGGGCACUGCACCAGCUCCAGACCAUCCCCGACGAUCACUCAUGGGCGUGCCUGACGGCAGUUACCGUAGGCGAGGUGCGACGCCAGCAUCCCAGACGAUCCCCCUCAUUUCGAUGUAACAUCCGAUCGCUUUGUUGUGCUUUGGUUUAGCGGGGUUGCGGAGAUUCUGUUGAUAUUU